UUACGUCAUGGGCGGGACCAACGCCCCGCCCACUUUAGUAGGCGAGUCAUUUCCGUCCGCGGAGAAACGGAGAAAGCUGCAAGGCGAGUUGCGGGCCAGGCGCCUCGGGCGGGAUUUCCUUGGUUGGAAGUGGCCGGCUUCCAGGAUGGCCAAGGUGGAGGCCCGGGGCCGCCUGUGGCUGGAGAGCCCCCCUGGGGGAGCACCUCCCAUCUUCCUGCCCUCCGACGGGCAAGCCCUGGUCCUGGGCCGGGGACCCUUGACUCUGGUUACCGACCGGAAAUGCUCCCGAAACCAAGUGGAGCUGGUUGCAGACCCUGAGACUCGGACCGUGGCAGUGAAACAGCUAGGAGUUAACCCCUCAACUGCUGGAGCCCAAGAGCUGAGGCCGGGGUUGGAGGGCUCUCUAGGGGUGGGGGACACGUUGUAUUUGGUCAACGGCCUCCACCCGUUGACCCUGCGCUGGGAAGAGGCUCGCACUCCAGAAUUGCAGCCAGACACUCCACCUGGCACGCCUCCUGUGCCCCCACACGAGGAGGAGGAAGAGGCUGAGCCGCCGAAAAAGCAGAUGCGGAAGUCAUCUCCUGGCUGGGAGAGCUUUGAGAAGCUACUAGUAUUCACAGCACCUGGUGUGAAGCCGCGGGGCAAGGUAGCCAGUUUUGAUCUCGAUGGGACCCUCAUCACCACACGAUCUGGGAAGGUCUUUCCCACGGGCCCCAGCGACUGGAGGAUCUUGUACCUGGAGAUUCCGCGGAAGCUCCGGGAACUGGACGCGGAGGGUUACAAGCUGGUGAUCUUCACCAACCAGAUGGGCAUUGGACGCGGGAAGCUGCCAGCGGAGGAGUUCAAGGCCAAGGUGGAGGCUGUGGUGGAGAAGCUGGGGGUUCCCUUUCAGGUGCUGGUGGCCACCCAUGCGGGCCUGUACCGGAAGCCGGUGAUCGGCAUGUGGGACCACCUGCGGGAACAGGGCAAUGAGGGUGUUCCCAUCUCCAUAGGAGACAGCGUAUUUGUGGGCGAUGCAGCCGGACGCCCAGCCAACUGGGCCCCGGGGCGGAAGAAGAAGGACUUCUCGUGUGCAGACCGCCUGUUUGCCCUCAACCUGGGGCUGCCUUUCGCCACGCCGGAGGAGUUCUUUCUGAAGUGGCCGGUGGCCCGCUUUGAGCUGCCAGCCUUUGACCCGAGGACCGUCUCCCGCUCUGGGCCUCUCUGCCUCCCCGAGUCCAGCUCCCUCUUAAGCCCGGACCCUGAGGUGGUCGUCGCCGUGGGAUUUCCUGGGGCCGGCAAGUCCACCUUCCUCCGGGAGCAUCUCGUGUCUGCCGGCUACGUCCACGUGAACAGGGACACCUUGGGCUCCUGGCAGCGCUGCGUGACCACCUGCGAGGCAGCUCUGAAGCAACGGAAACGGGUCGUGAUCGAUAACACGAACCCGGACCUCCAGAGCCGGGCCAGGUACAUCAAGUGUGCCCGAGACGCAGGCGUCCCCUGCCGCUGCUUCCUCUUCAGCGCCAGCCUGGAGCAGGCGCGUCACAACAACCGGUUCCGGGAGAUGACGGACCCCUCCCACGUCCCCGUGUCCGACAUCGUCAUCUACGGCUACAGGAAGCAGUUCGAAGCACCCACGCUGGCCGAAGGCUUCGCGGCCGUCCUGGAGAUCCCGUUCCGGCUGCACGUGGCGCCGCAGCUUGAGCGGCUGUACCGCCAGUUCUCAGAGGGCUGAGCCACCCCUGCCCGCUCCCAAUGCCCAAUAAACGCUCUUUUCUUCAUGCGUGACCAGCACUUUGCUGGGAAGAAAGGGGGGCCCCCAGGAGUGCUGAGCCUGCUGGCGGGGCUUCAGAAACGUACCCUCGCAGGCUCUGCGGGUGCUCUGGCUGGGCGGCCCAGCGGACAGGCCCCAGGGGGGGUUCUCCUGGAGCUGCAGAGCCCACCCAGGCGGGCGAGGCCAAACGCGGGACCCCAAGAGGAGAGGCGGAGAAGCCAGACGCUCUGCACCUUGGACCUGAGCCCCGGGGCUGUGGCCUGGGCCUGCAGUGGCGAGGGGGCCCCUGCGGGCAAGACCAGCAGCAAGAGGCAGGAAGCUGCGGGGCGCCGCCUUGCGUCUGCGCCCAGCUAUGCGAGGCCCGGAGGUCGAGUGGGGUUCCGGGAGCCGGCCCUGCUGCCGCGAAGUCAGCCCUGGAAGACCCGGCGCCCAACAAGCAGCACCCAGACCCGAAGCCCGUCCCCACCUGGCUCAGGUUCCGCUGCAGGACCUGCUGCUGGUUGGCGAUAACACGCCGGAUGCCAUUGAGGAAGUUGCCCUGGUCGUGGGGGAUGAGGCCGAUGAAGAUCUUCUUCUCCGAGGAGUACAGGAGCAUGAGCACGCGCACCUCGCACGAGGCCUUGUAGGAGAAGUGCACGCAGCCCGCCUGCGGCACAGAGCGGGGUCACUGGCGGCCCUGGGCCCAGAGGCUCCUCGCUGCCCUCACGAUGCGCACAAACCACACGGCUCCACUGGCCCCCCUCCGCCCUGUCGCUGCUCCCAGCUGGGGACACCAGGAGCCAGAGAGGCCUGCCCACCGGCUCUGCAGCCCAAGUCUCCUCCAUGAGCUCUGGGGAGAUGGGUGGAUGGGAGCCACCAGGCCGGCACCCCGGACACCCCCAGGACCAGCGGUGCCCAUGAAGGCCUCGCGGGGGAAGAAAUACCAGGUCCAAUCCAGUGUUCAGGCUCCCUCCACAUGGCAACCCCCUGAGGCAGCUGAGGCACCAGGAGGCCACGCCACUGUCACCUCCACUCAGCUCAGGGAUGUGGCUGCAGGUCACAGUGGCCGGAGCGUCAAGGGGCCCAGUGGACCGACUGCUCCGAGCCCCUUCGCCAGAUCCCCUCUCUGCAGGCUGGAGAGCACUGUGCCCACCUCACAGGUGGACAAACCGAGGCUAAGCUUCAGGAUUUGCAGGCUCCCAGAGCCAGAUGGGAUCGUGUCUACCCUCGGCCCUGUGUGCCACCUUGAGGGACAGUGGUGACACGUCCAAGAGGAAGCCCCUCACAGUGCCCACCUGAGGCGACAGCCUGACGGGAGGCCCAGAGAGCCGAGAGGAGGGCCGGCCGCCAGGCUCACGGCCUUUAAAAGCACUGAGUUCCCUCAGGGAACCAACGACACGCGAGAGGUACAGGACCGGCCCCUCAAAUGCCCGAUGGCACAACUAUGACAGGGGACAGCUGCGGAUUCAGGAGCGCAGAAGUCUCUCACCCUCCUCACUUCGCAGAAACUGAGGCCCAGAGAGGGAAACGGACCUGGCCCACACCCACCAGGAGGUAACCCCUGGGGGCUUCAAGGAGCGGCCUGCCUGGCGAGGGCCCUGGGGGAGCCUGGGGGUUUCCACCGGAAAACCCGGAGUGACAUGACGGCACCCCGUCCCUGGGCAGCGAGCAGGAGGAAAGCCACAGGAGAGGACCUGGGAGCCUGGUGCGGGCAGCCCUGCUCCACUGAGUAAACCGACACACAGCAGCCCGGAGGCCAGGCUGGCUGGCUCAGCCUCUGGGCCUCCGGGCCUCCGGUCUCCCCAUCGGUGCAGCGGGGUCAGGGGAGCCCGUGUCGGGGCGCACAGCAACCCCACCCCGCCUUCACCAUGGCUGCCCUCACGCCCCCUCCUGCUGUUUGCGGGGGGACCUGUCCCCCUUCCAGUUUCUGGCCCUGCGGUCCGCCGCUGCCCCUGCCGCCCACUCACGAAGCCGUUGUCCAUGAUGCGGCACAGGCUCUUCAGCGUCUCCAGGUCCUUGGUGAAGUGGAACUGCACCAGGCGGGAGUUCCGGAAGAGGGGCACCAGCGUGGUCUGUGGGGAGGCCCGGGGGCCCAGCCCGUGAGGCGCUACAGCUGCGCCCCCGCCUCUGCCCCCACACGGGGGCCGGCCCCACGUGGCCCCUCGGACCUGCGGCCCCUCCAAGCUGGCCCUGCGGGACCCACCACCACCGCCCGCCUCCAGCCACAGGGCCUGUGCACACAGGGCUCCCCUCCUGCCGGCGCCCCAGGGCGCCAGCUCGGGAAAGCGCCCCUGCCAGCCCUGCGGCCGCGGCGCCCCUUGCCACUCACCAGCAGCUGCUGCGGGAUGAGCUGCAUGUACAGCUUCCGGGGCCACUGCUCGGUCCGCCUGCGGUGGGAGGGGACGAGGGGACGAGGCUCAGGAGGCCGGGUCUCCCCGUAAGGGUGCCUCCCUCCCCUGCCCGACACUCACAGGAUCUCCCCUUGGUUCACGUAGACAUGCGACGGCAGCCACCUCUUAGACCGGCUGUUGGGCUCAGGCCUGGGCUUUUGGGGAGAAGAAGGGAGCCAUCAGGACGGGAGGCACCCAAGCCCGGGAGGACCCGUGUCCCCGGGCUGCUCAGGGCUCACCUCUUGCCACUCCAUGACUCCGCUCCAGGCCAGGAACUUGUUGUUGACGAUCUGGACGGGCCCCGCCACGCCCCCAGGUCCCACUGCCUGGGAGGAAACCCAGCCCAUCAGCCCCCAGGCGCAGGGGCUGCCCCAGAGCUCCCAGGGGCCCCCGGUGCCCUGGGACAGGUCCCACCCUGCGAGCCUGGGACACAGACCCGAGGCUCCCUGGUUCUGCCACUAGGAACAGUGCAGCCCUGUGACUUGCUGCACAAACUGGGACACUUUUGGGGGAGGGGGACCGUGGACAAUUGCUAAGGCGUGAGCCAGGACACGCAGCACCGUCCCCCCACCUCCCGGCGGACACCCCUGCUGCGGAGACCCACCAGGGAGCCCCUCCACCCCCCUGUUCUUCAAAGCUUCCCCAGCACGUCUGGCGGCCGGGGCCCGAGGAGGACACACCUGUUUGCGGGUGGUGAUGACCUGCCGGAUAGCGUUGACGAAGCCGCUCUGGUCGUAGGGGAUGAGGCCCAUGAAGAUCUUCUUCUUGGACGAGUACAGGAGCAUGAGCACGCGCACCUCGCAGGGCGAGAUGUGGGGGAAGAGCAUGCAGCCCGCCUGCGGGGAGGGCGGGGGUCAGGGACCCCACCUCCGCAUAGCCGGGGGAGGGAGGCCGUCCUCCGGUCGACACUGGUGCCCAAAAUGAAGUGGUGUGUGGCCAAGA